CCGCACAAUUGCAAAACUUCGUUUCGGGUUUAACCAUUCUUUUGUGUCCGUUUCAAAUGGUUCCAUUACAAACCGCUGGCGAUGUUGUCGGUUCUAUAGUCCGGGACCUCUUGCACUCGACAGGUCUAAUUCAUCAAUGCCUUCAGAAAACGAAAAAGGCGUUGCUAAAGCCGUUCGAGGGGCAGUUCGGCCGUCUCUUGCUUUGGCUUGCACUCUAAGCAUCAUCAGUUGAGGCUGUAAAAUGAACUUUAAAGCUAUGGCUUGUCCCAAGCAACAGGUUUAUCGGAAAGCUCCAUCUUUCCAGCAAAAUGCUCCUCUGGUGGCACCGAGGAAAAUGGCACUCAAGUCAUUACUGGAUGUAACGGUGUGCCUGGCUUCAAAAGAGGGAAGAAGGAUGAGGGACGUUAGUCCAGGGUCACAUGUCCCUGGUCCGAGGCAUUCGGCUCCAUCGAAGGAUCAAAUUGAUCAACUCAAGAAAGAGGCUAUGAGCCUAAUGAAACGUGGUCUGCUAGAAGAAGCACUAUAUAUGUUGAAGAAUGAGUACAAGAAAUGUCGGAACCUGAGUCCGCUUAUUAUAUGUUGA